UUUGAAACUUUUUGAAAAAAAGAAAAUUUCAUUACGAUUUUUAUAAUCACAUUUCAUCCAUUCACUAGAUGGUGUUAGUGUUCGAAUCAUCUUUAGCCACAUGUUGAGUGAAUUCAAGUUGAUUUAAACUCAUUUUUUCAUCAUCAUUAAGAAUGUUUGAACAUCAACCAGAAUGUUUGAUUGAAAAAUUAGAGGUUGGCUUCAUAGAUGAACGUGUUAUUAUUGAUAAUUAUGAUGAGAACCCAAUAGAUAUUGAUAAUGGAGCGAUAAUAUUAUCUGUAAAAUGGAAAAAUGUUCUGAAACGAUACGAUUGGAUCAUAAUUGAAUUGAUUGUCAAUAAUUAUCAAUCUCGACGUUUAGUUCAAACUUUAUUCGUAGAUAACGUGGAAAAUAUUGAUGAAAAAUUUUGCUAUGUAUCGCCACAACUUUGGUUCAAUCUCCGAUUUCAACCAAUAAGCCAAAAUCUGGCAAAUGUUUUACAUAAAUAUCCUUUGAUUGAAUCCGAUGCUAGAAUCAAUGUAUAUAGCUCAGCAAAUAAUACCGAACUAAUCGAACAAAUUCAAUUUAAUCUGAUACAAUCACCAGAUUAUCCAUUCGAUUAUGAUUACGCCGAUGAAUUGAGCUCGUAUUUUUAUUGUGGCAAUAUUAUGAAACAAAGACGAUUAUUGAAAGUGAACGAUAUAAUUGUAAUUAAGAUUAAAGAUGCAAAGUUUUUCUAUAAAAAUGGUCCGAUAUUAUCAUUUCAUCAAAUUGGUACUGUCGUAUAUUUUCAAAUAUGUCGAGUGAAUCAUAAAAUCUCGACAGAAAAUUACUACAUGUUGACAACUGAACCAAACUGUGAUCGAAUUGAAAUGUUUAAAUCUGCCAAUUUACAAUCAAUUGCGCCCACAUUUAUGCAAUAUUACUUUUCGGAUAAUACAAACUGUUUUAAUCAUAAUUUUUAUCAAAAAAUCCUUCGUGAUCAGAUCGAAUAUUUAGCACUUGAAUUUCAGCCAUAUUUACUUCGCAUAUCAUCACUGCCAAUUGGAACAUUUUUGCUCAAAAAUUAUGGUGAUCGAGAAACUUCAAGUUAUUUGGUUCGUUUAGCAGCUCAACAUUGGCAUCUGCAUGUUUUCGAAUGUCAUUCCAGUCUAGAUUUAUUAUGUGAAGUACCACAAACGACUGAAGCAAAAAUAAAAAUUUUUUUCACCAAAAUUCGUCAAUAUGCUCCAUGUGUUGUAUUGAUACAUGAUUUAGAUAUGUUAAUCAAAUCAGACGCAUUUGAAAAUGAUCGUUUAAUAAAUUUUUUUCGACAAUCUUUGUUGGAUCUAAACGUAGGAAAUGUCUGGCCUAUAAUCAUUGUUGCAACAGAUCAUUCCCCAUUACAGAACAAUAAUCCGAAUAAACAUCCCUUAUCAAUCUUAUUCUCUCACAUGAUUCGGCUGAAAAAUCUUGAUGACAUUCAAAGAAAAAAACUUUUUACCAUGGUCAUUAAAAGAAAAUUCAAUUUGCAAAUUCCAGAUGAUUUAACUGAAAAACUACAAAUAAUUGUUGAUUUAAGUAUCGGCCUGAAUCUUGGCCAAAUUAUUGCCAUUAUAAAUAACAUAUUUCGAUGUGUUGGUUCCUCAAGUGAUUUGGAAAAUUUUUUAACAUCAACACAAGCAGCAUUGAAUCGAUUUCGCAAUGAAAACAAGACGAAUUUUACCUUACAAAUACCCAAAGUACAAUGGUCCGAUAUUGGUGGAUUAGAUGACGUGAAACAAGAAAUCUUGGACACAAUCGAACUUCCAUUAAAACUUGGAUUCAAUUUUGAUGAGCUUGGUGUGAAGCGAUCAGGAAUUUUGCUGCAUGGACCACCUGGAACUGGAAAAACUUUGCUUGCGAAAGCUGUUGCUUCCCAAUGUCGAGUAAAUUUUAUUAGCGUUAAAGGACCUGAAUUGAUAAGUAAAUACGUUGGCCAAAGUGAAGAGAAUGUUCGUACCUUAUUUGCACAAGCUCGGGCUUCAUCACCUGCAUUGGUAUUUUUCGAUGAACUUGAUUCUUUAGCGCCAAGUCGAGGACGAUCAGGCGAUUCCGGUGGCGUCAUGGAUCGAGUGGUGUCACAGCUAUUGGCAGAAUUAGAUGGAAUCAGUUCAAGACAAAAGGUGAACAAUGAUUUGGAACCUGUAGAAUCAUCACCGCCUAUAGUUUUUGUAAUCGGAGCCACUAAUCGUGUUGAUCUAAUCGAUUCAGCUUUACUUCGUCCUGGACGUUUUGAUAAAAUCAUCGAAGUUUCUAUCCCUAAGGACCGGCAAUCUCGUUUGGCAAUCAUCAAUGCUCUUGUUAAAAAUUUCCAUUUCGAAGAUGAACAAAAAGGCCAAAUGCAACGGCAUGAAAUUGUCGAUGAAAUAGAAAAAUAUUUACCACCGUUAUUAUCUGGAGCUGAUUUUUAUGCUAUCUGCUCUUCAGCUAUGAUGCUUUGCGUUAGAAGAACAUUGUCCGACAAUGUAAACCUAACCUGUGAUGACGAUGAAAGCGAAGAUGAAGAUCAGGGUCCUAAAAAAGCUUUAAAUGUGGAAUGUCGACUUGAAGAUUUUAAGCAAGCGAUUCGCUCAAAAUAUAAUGUAAAAUUGUAAUGAAAAUUUUUUAAUCAAAUUUCCACUUAAAUAAAUAAUUGUUAAACUAAAAGCCCCAGAAA